UAGGGGAUAGAAAAAAAAAAAAAACCAACCUGUGUUUACCUAUCCCUUGUCUGCCUCCUCACUCACUGAAGUUUCUCUCUUCUACAUGUCAUACACUAAUCACACUUUCUGCCUUCCAGAAUGAUCAUCAUAGAAAAUAUUUGUAGUAGAAGCAAUGUUAUCACCUUUGUAAUAUAACCUGGGGGGGAAAAAAGUGUUUUCACUCCUGACAUUUCUGUUUUAUUUAGUCCUAAGUAAGAGGCUGUCAGAAAAAUAGAGAUAUCUAGAAAUUGGAACUUAAAGAUUAAUAUAGUUUAAAAACUCCAAUAUAAGUUAUUAAAGUGGUAAAAAAUGGUCAGGGUUCCCCGAGGAUGCUUAUAAAACAGCGAUGAUUUGGUUUCCAUUUUAAAAUAACAGUAAUGCCUUAAUACUAAUCAAUUCUAUGAUUCACAAAGGAAUUUGGCAUCUUACUAGAUCAUCUUUUUAAAAAAUAAUAAUAAUUUUUUUUUAUUUGAGAGAAAAAAAGCAUGAGCAGAGGGAAAGGGAGAAGCAGACUCCACACUAAGCAGGAAAUCUGAUGCAGGGCUCAAUCCCAGGACCCUGAGAUCAUUACCUGAGCCAAAGGCAGGCACUUAACCAACUGAGCCACUCAGGCACACCUCACUAGAUCAUCUUAACAAGCCUGAGCAAUGGGCCUAAUUGUACAGAACAGAAUAACAGAAGGAAUAUAUGUCUCACCCAAGGCACCCAGUAUGUGGUAAAACUGGAAUAAGAACACAGAUCAUCAAACUUCCAUAAUUUCUCCACUACACCUUGCUUCUACAAGUUACCAUGGGCAAGCAAGCAGCCCAGCCCAGAUUCAUGGGAAGGAAAAUAGAUUCACCUCUUAAUAGAUGGAAUGGCAAAGUCACCUGGCAGUAGAGCCUGCACGGAAGGAUGGGGAGGCAUUAUUGCAACCAUCUUUGCAAACACUCUGCCACCUCAGAUGAGCUACAAUAGCUAAAAGAAUUUUAUUUAAUCCCUCUCCAGGUCCCAGAGUUUUUGGUUCAGACCCCAGGGGGAACCUGCACAGACCAUUCUCACUAGGGCAUGUGGGUUCCAAGUGGCCCCACAGAGACCUAGAUGCCCAUGUGACUCAGUCACAGACUGUAGCACUUCCUCUGUGAAUUCAUUCCGCUGGCUCCCAUCGCCUCUUCCUUCCCAUCCCAGCUCUGCUGAGCCCCGCCAGCUCUUCUCUGAGGAAAUUUGCAUCAUGCAGCAGCCGGAGGACUCCUGAGGACUGCUUCACUGAGCCAUGGUCUGUUCAGCUGCCCCCGUGCUACUCCUGGCCAUGACUCUCCCACUGGUGGGGUCACCAGUAGCCCAAGCAUCCCAACCUGGACAGAAUCAGGCUGGAGGGGAACUGGGGCAGCAAUUGGACCAAAAGAGUGGAGCAAGUGCCGCUGCCUCUGCCUCUGCUCCUGUAGAAUCAGCGCUGGCCUCGGUCUAUGUACAGAUGGACUUUCCAGAUCAGACCUGGCCACUGGCACUCUCCGGGACCCUGACUCUGCCCCUUGCCUCAGCUUCCUCUUCCCCAGGAACUCUCACUGGCCUCAGCCUCACGACAGAGUGUAAUGUCGACCACGAAGGCUACAGCCAUUGCGCUUGCCUCUCUGGGUACCAGUGGAACGCCAGUGUCUGCUCCCAUCACCAAGCCUGCCAGAUGCCUCACAACCACAGGCCCUGUGGUUGUCUGGUCUUCAGCCCUGCAGAAGCCGGGUACUGCCAGUUGCUGCCACCUGCCCCCGGAACACUGAGCCCCAACUCCUGGGUGCAGACGCCUGGCUCCACUCUCAAUCUGACCCUCGUCAAGAACCAUGAAACCACUGACCUGGACUGGUUCCUGCGGCCCCCGGGCAGCCCCACACCCAUCCUCCUGCAGCCAGGGACACAUGUGUCCCUGACCUCUAGCCCGGGCCAGGCUGUCCUCAGCAUCCUCAAUGUCUCCCAUAAAUGGGCAGGUGAGUACACGUGCUGCUUUGAGGCUCAGGGCUUCAGGUGGGAGCUGUCCCAGGUGGUGAAGGUGGCCCUGCAGGCGACAGAUGUGACUCGGCUUCCAGACCAGCUCUCCAUUCUCUCCUCCACCUGCGUUGGCUUCCAGCUGACCUGCUGCAUCCCCAGCACACAUCUGACCUACACAGCUUCCUGGAGUCCUGAAGAGGGCAGCAGAGCUUCCUCAGUGGACACGCCAGGCUCCCAGUGCUUUGUGUUGACCGUUCAGCGCUGCCCUGCGGCCGACACCACAUACACCUGUGAGCUGCAGAGCCCAGGGCUGGCCCUUCUCAGGGUUCCCAUCUCUGUCACCAUCAUCCAGGAUGGCGACACCACCUGCCCUGAGGACUCCUCAGCUGUCACCUGGAAUGUCACCAAGGCUGGCCACGUGGCACACGCCCCGUGUCCGGCGAACAGGACGGGCUUGGUAGAGCGCACCUGUGGGCCUGAUGGGGCGUGGGAGCCCGUGCGCAGCAGCUGCACACGCACAGAGCUUCUGGCCCUGCAUCACAGAGCCUGGCUGCUACAGGCAGGCCAGGGCUGGCCUGCUGCGGAGGUGUCCCAGAUCCUGGCACAGCUGUCGGAGCAGGUGGCAGUGGUGAGCUCGCCCUCUGACUUAUUGGCGCUGCUGGGCACCAUAUCAUUGCUGGCCAAGGUGGUGGUAGACACAAGAAUACAGCUUCCCCACAGGGCCCUGGAGGCUCUCCUGAAGACCACAGACAAGGUCCUAGACAUGGACACCAGCUCUCUGUGGGCCCCAGCACAGGCCCAGGAGCCCUCAGCGGGCUCAGAUCUCCUGCUGGCCGUGGAGAUCCUGGCACGUAGCCUGUGCCCACGGGAUCACCCUUUCUCCUUCAGCUUGCGUAACGUGAGGAUGCAGACCCAGCUCCUUGGACCUGCAUCUCCUGCUGACUACAGAGCCUCCUUCUCCACUCAGCCCCCAUUGCAGGCACACAUUCCCAGACGCUCACUGGCCCCUCUGGGCCAUAAUGGAACGGACAUCAGUAUUACUAGCCUGGUACUGCAGAAACUGGACCACCUUCUGCCCUCAAACUAUGGACAAGGGCUGGGGAGCUCCCUCUAUGCCACUCCUGGGCUGGUCCUCGCCAUCUCCAUCAUGGCAGGCGGCCAGGCCUUCAACCAAGGGGAAGUUAUCAUGGAUUUCGGGGGCACAGAUAGCACUUCCCACUGUGUGUUCUGGGACCACCAUCUCUUCCAGGGCAAGGGGGGCUGGUCAGACGAAGGGUGCCGGGUGCAGAGCGCCCGCGCCAACUCGACCUCUCAGUGUAUCUGUAGGCACCUCACUGCCUUCUCCAUCCUCAUGUCCCGAAACACUGUUCCAGAAAACCCCACCCUGGAGCUGCUGAGUCGGGUGGGCCUGGGGGCCUCUAUCCUGGCACUACUUGUGUGCCUGGGUGUGUACAGGCUGGUGUGGAGAGUGGUGGUGCAGAACAAAGUUGCCUACUUACGCCACACGGCUCUGCUCAACGUGGUGCUCUGCCUUUUGGCUGCUGACACCUGCUUCCUGGGAGCCCCACUGCUUCCUCCAGGGCCCCGAAGCCCACUCUGCCUGGCUGCCGCCUUCCUCUGUCACUUCCUCUACCUGGCCACCUUUUUCUGGAUGCUGGCUCAGGCCCUGAUGUUGGCUCACCAGCUGCUCUUCGUCUUCCGUCAGCUGUCCAAGGGCCGAGUGCUCUCCCUGAUGGUGGUCCUCGGCUACAUGUGCCCAAUGGGGUUUGCAGGCGCUGCCCUGGGCCUCUACCUACCCCGAGGGCAAUACCUGGGGGAGGGGGCAUGCUGGCUGAAUGGGAAGGGAGGGGCGCUCUAUGCGUUUGUGGGGCCAGUGCUGGCCAUCGUGGGUGUGAAUGGGCUGGUACUAGCCAUGGCUGUGCUGAAGCUCCUGAGACCUUCACUGUCCGAGGGGCCCCAGGUGAAGAAGCGCCAUGCCCUUCUGGGGGUGAUCAAAGCCCUGCUCGUUCUCACUCCCAUCUUCGGCCUCACCUGGGGGCUGGGCCUGGCCACGCUGCUGGAGGAAGUCUCCAUAAUUCCUCACUACAUCUUCACGAUUCUCAACACCACCCAGGGUGUCUUCAUCUUACUGUUUGGUUGCCUCAUGGACAAGAAGGUACGAGAGGCUUUACUUGAACGCUUCUGCCGCACCCAAUCCCCCAACUCCACCAUCUCCCUGGCUACGUAUGAAUCCCACGUCCCAGAGCACCGUGGAGGAAGAAGUGAAGACGCCAGGUCACCUGUCCCCACCCCUAAGCUAUUCAAGCAAAAAUAUCGUGAAAACUAGCUAAAGCUGCCUAAUGAAUAAGCUUGCCUCUUCAGUAAACAUAAUCAAUAGAUAUUAAAAUUCGAAAUGAUUGCAAGUAAAAACGUCUCAACCAGUUUUUAAUUAACCAACAGCUCAUGUUAUAGAUAUAUUUGAUAAAAAUUGUUUUAACUAUUCAGGGAUUUCUUUUCUGGUUAUUUCUUCUCUAUAGCUAGGAAUAAAGGAUGACUUGAUGACAGAAACUCUGAUCUUCCAAACAUUAAAGAUGAAGGAUAGACUUUGGUCUGUUUCUUUUCAAAGUUUAGGAAAAGGUGAAGCUAAUAGGGUCCUCUUUAACUUUCACAACAAUAUCAAUAUAAAUGUAAGUUUCAAAAAAAAAUGUAAGUUUCACAGACGUAUGCAUGUGUACAAGUCAUUGAUCUGAGCACAUUUCUAAGAACGCAUUACCAAUUGUAAAGAGGAAGUUAUCAUGGACUGCCAAGGAUUAAAGCCACAAGAUGACAAAUACAUUUAAAAGUGACAGGUUCAGGACUCCUGGGUGGCUCAGUCAGUUGAGCAUCUGAUUAUUGGUUUCAGCUGAGCCAGUCUCCGUGUUGGGCUCUCCGACAUCAGGCUACUUGCUCUGCUCGGAGCCUGCCUGAGAUUCUUUCCUGUUCCCUCUCCCUCCCACUCUGUUCCUCCCUGCACUUGUGCACUCCUGUGUGCUCUCUCUCCCUAAAAUAAAUAAAAACUUCUAAAAAAUUAUAAAAAAUAAUAAAAGUGGCAGGCUCAAGCUAAGACUAGAUAUGGAGAAGAAAUAUUUAAGAAAUGCCUUGAGAGGACACCAGGAUGUCUAGCUGAACUAACUCAUGGAAUCCACAAGAGAAUGACCAGGCUCUGAAAAUUUUUUCAACCAGAGAAAUGAAAAAAAAUCCUCACGAAUGAGUCUUUGUUCAUUACAAAAUUCAUAGCUAUUUUUCUAAAAUGGAAUGGAACACUGUUGAAAUGCAAAUGGAUAUGCUGUUGAAAACAUUUUUCAUAUGAACAUGGAUCUGUGUGAAUAUUUUCAUUGUAUAUAAACCAGCUAAAAUAUUUCUCUAAGUGAAAUCAACCUUUUUUUUUUUUUUUUCAAAGAGAAGAUACCAACUCAGCAGGGCAAUUGCAACGUUUCUAUGCCUUGGACCUGUUCCAGCCCCCAAGGGAGGUGGGCAGCCACUCAAACAGCCAGGGCUCUGCUGCUGGUUUCCCUGGCAACAGAGUCCUGUCUCAAUCACCCUUGCAUUUCAUUAAUAUUUAAUCUUAAUUUUUUAAACUAUAGAAUUAUUUUUGAAUAGUUCAAAUAACAUAUGUUCACUUUAAAAGCAGCAGACUCUUUCUGAGUGUGCAUCUGUAGAAAUCUAUGUCCUCAUUCUCCUCAAAUGAUGGCCCAUACUCAGUGCAUGCUCUUCUGCUAAAAACACACUUUAGAAUUGACCAAUGAAAUGACAUGAAGCCUUUUGUUCACUUGGUUCUCACAUAAAAAAGGACGGAAAAGAAGGUUCUGGAGGUAAAUAUAAGAAAGUGAGCCUUGGUAGCAAUUCCAUUUCUAGAAAGAUGGCUUAAAGAAAUAGGUAGAGGGUCAUCUGGGUGUCUCAGUUAGUUGAGUGUCCGACUCUUGAUUUUGUCUCAGGUCAUGAGAUGAAGCCCUAUAUUGACC